AUGCCUUGUGUUAGUUCCGUUUGUUCAUAUCAGAAAGCAGAAGCGGCUGAGGCCUGUGCUCUGUCUCAGCUGCCCGCUAGCAAGGUGGCUCUGUGGAUUGACAGUUACAUACAUGUAUGCAGUGUUGCAUCCAUCAAUUUGACCAGCUGCAAGUACGACAGCGUGAGGCGUGCUGCACAAAGCUGUGGGCUGAAAGAAGUGGGAGAAAAUGAGGACUGGACAAUAUAUUGGACUGACUACUCAGUCUCUCUGGAGCGUGUCAUGGAAAUGAAACGGUUUCAGAAAAUCAACCAUUUUCCAGGCAUGACAGAGAUCUGCCGUAAGGACUUGUUGGCUCGCAAUCUUAACCGCAUGCUCAAGCUCUUCCCCAAGGAGUACGAUAUUUUUCCCCGUACUUGGUGCCUGCCAGCCGACUAUGGGGAUUUCCAGGCCUAUAGUCGUGUGAGGAAAAAUAGAACGUUCAUCUGCAAGCCAGACAGCGGCUGCCAAGGGAGAGGUAUCUUCAUAACACGUAACCCGAAGGAGAUCAAGCAUGGAGAGCGUAUGAUUUGUCAGCAGUAUAUCUCUAAGCCUUUCCUUAUAGAUGGCUUUAAAUUUGACAUGCGUAUCUAUGUGCUGGUCACAUCCUGUGACCCGCUGAAGAUUUUUGUCUACAAGGAGGGUCUGGCCCGGUUUGCCACCAUGAGGUACAUCGAGCCCAGCAGCAGCAACCUGGAUGAUAUCUGCAUGCAUUUGACCAAUUACGCUAUCAAUAAACAUAACGAAAACUUCGUCCGGGAUGACACAGUGGGCAGUAAGAGGAAACUGUCCACUCUGAAUGCCUGGAUGAUGGAUAACAGCUACAACACAAAGAAACUCUGGGAAGAUAUUGAAGAUAUUGUUAUAAAGACCCUUAUUUCAGCUCACCCUGUUGUGAAGCACAAUUACCAAAGCUGCUUUCCUAACCACACUACUGGCUGUGCCUGCUUUGAGAUACUGGGUUUUGAUAUUUUGCUCGAUAGAAAGUUGAAACCGUGGCUGCUAGAGGUGAAUCACUCUCCCAGCUUCACCACAGACUCACGCCUGGACCGUGAAGUGAAGGAUGCUCUUCUCUGUGAUACCAUCAACCUGAUAAAUGUGCAUGCCUGUGACAAAAGGAAGGUGCUGGAGGAAGACAAGCAGCGGGUAAAGGAGCGACUCCUCCAGGCCCAUCAUCAGACUGCCCGUGUAUCCAGACGCAAGGAGUUAGAGAGCAACCAGGCUGCCUGGCUGGCUCAGGCAGAGAAGUAUGAGAACUCUCACCUGGGAGGUUACCGGCGCAUUUACCCAGCACGUGGAACAGACAAGUAUGAACCAUUUUUCAAGCAAAGUGGCUCCCUCUUCCAGGAAACAGUGGCAUCCAGGGCACGAGAGCAGUGUGCCAGGCAGCAACUGGAGGAAAUUCGCUUGAAGAAAGAAGAGUGGGAAGUUCUUACUGGGAAGAAGAAAAAGGAAAGAAAAGAAACCCUGCAGGGAGAAUCAGCUGGAGACAAAUCCCAGAUCCAUAACAAAAACAGAGCUCCUACAGCCCAGCUCAUCUACAGAAGCACCAGGAUGUGGGACAGAAAGAUGCAGCACGUGCCGUAUGACUCUAUGCAACCCCAGGAUAUUGUGGAAAAGGAGGAGAAGAAAAGAGUAAAGGCUCUUCUGCAGCGUGAGAACCUCAUCCGAGGUCUAGGCAUCAUAGAUCAGCUCUCCUGGCUGAUCCCCACGAUUCAUAGAUCAAUGGACAACCACAGCUCCUGCACUGUUGUCUCCAAGAACCAGCCGCAAUUCAUUCAGGAUACGUUCAGGGGACAGGAGGCCCACGGUUUAAUGACGCUCAUCCCCCUCUCAUUCCUGGGAGGUACAGUCCGGGCUUCAGGACAGCAGAUCACACGCAAGCCUACAGCCAAGGCCCAGCUGCCGGCCAGACAGGGCUUUGAUCCUACCACCUUGGGCUCCCUCUCAGUCCGAGGCCAGAGCGUUCCUUACCACGAACACUACAAGAUGCAGCAUUGCCUCCAGCCGCAGAGCACAAGCUGGCUGCGGAGCCAGAUAGCGCAGACUGCAGAGAUGACCAAACCCUGCACCAAAGCUGAGGUACUGUGGGUGAGAGGCCAGCGGUUCUGUGGUGCCACAGAUGAGACUGAAGGCUGUGAGUAUACAAUCUGAAAGCCUGCCUUCCAUUUAAACGUGCCCCUCUCUCUAGGUGUCCCUCUGGGGGAACUUAAAUUAGCUGGUUCCCAUGGCUGCCUAGCUCUCCUGCUGCCUUUGGUGUGUUUGUUAAAACGUGCAUCCUUCCGUUUGAUCAUAAGAGACCAGCAAAGAUCCAUCUUUCUUUGGUUCUGAGUUUCUGGAUCUUGGCAACUCAAGAAAGUCAGUGGGCCAGAGCCACGUGCAGAAACCUGGAAGUUCUGGAUAUUCUUGGGCUUGUCUGGGAUGGGAGGAGCACGUGGGUUAGAAAUACUGCUCGGAGUCUGUGAAGCGCUCAGAGCCCUGUAGCGGUGAUGCUGCACUGUUACUCUGAGAACUGGUAACCACCGGAAGUCCCUGCCCCAGAGAGGAGCAUCCUGUUUGCAGGGGCAGGGAAGAAAGUGGGUGGUUUCCAAGGAGCCAAAGGUUGAUACGCUGGGAACUGGGAAGUGUGAGUAGUCUCAUUCCUGCCAUGCUGAUCCCACGCUUCUGAUGGCUCCUUCAGUUAGCCGUGUCAAGCCCUUCCCCACAGAGCUCCGUCAGCGUGCCCGGUACCACCACCUCCUCCACUGAGCCGUGCCAGCCCUCCCCCACCGAUGGCUUCUCUCUGCUCGUUAGUUCUGGUUCCCCAGCUGUCCAGCUGUUUCACAGCCUUAUAAGCAGAGAAAGGAGCGGGGGCAGAAGGGGUGUCUGUCGGAGCGUACCACAGGGCCAGGCAGCAUCGUGAGGAGCGUCAACCUUCUGAACUCCUGUCUGCUAAUUAGAGAGCCAUGGCUGCUGGACUAGGCUGCUUGGUCUGGCCAGACCCAGGAUCGCUGUUGUCCGCUCCCGCUGAUUUGAAUCUGGGACUGACCGAGUAUCCUGCUGGGUGCUUUGGAAAGCACUUGACAGCUGUGCUGAAACGCCGGGCAGCUUUAUCCGUCCACGUAUAAGCCCAGGCGCCCUUCAGGAGAAAGGGCAGCCAGCACAGGCAGCUAGCGUUCGGUUCCCCUGCCCUGCAGCGUGGUCCCGGGCGCAGCCAGGCCUCCCUCCCCAGCAGGCCCCCGCGCCCGGCUCCUUUCUCCUCUUACGCCUGCCUGGGGCGCU